GAUGGCUUUUCUGACGUUCCGCUGACAUCGGUCUUCGGUGGCUACAUUCUCUCUGGCAGCCCCUUCGUAGAGGAGGCUGGGGCAGCCUGCAACACACUCCUGAGACAGGCUGUUGAAAAAUUCGGCGAUCGCUGGGUCUUUACCUUGAACAUCUACCCCUACUUCGACACCUCCAAUGCCCUGGAUAAGGGCACCACGGACAAAUGCACCAAGGCUACCAAGUCCUCGGUCUGUUUUGACGACGACUGCAACUUGCCGAAGAUGGCCACCACCAUGCGGCAGCGGAUGCAGCUUCUAACGGGCACGACAACAAGCCUCCUUUGGAUUGGCGAGACGGGCUGGAGUUCCCCUCAGGCGGAGACAUUGGCGGGCUCGAACAAGCAGAUGGCUGCUU